AUGACUACCCCGGUGGUGCCCACACAACCGAUCCCGAAAAAGUCGCAGCAGAUCAAAACCGACAAGCCCCGGCCCCACAUAUGUACCGUGUGUACCCGAGCCUUUGCCCGUCUUGAACAUUUAAAGCGCCAUGAACGGUCCCACACCAACGAAAAACCGUUCCAGUGCGCCGCCUGUGGCCGCUGCUUUGCCCGCCGCGACUUGGUGCUCCGCCAUCAGCAGAAACUCCACCUGGACUUGCCCAACUUGUUGCGGCGUGGCCUGGAAGUGAGCGCCCUGCUGUCGCCGCUGGCGUCGGUGGCGAGCCAACAACAGGCCACCGGCAACGAACAUAUUAUCGUGUUAUCCAACAACACCAGCGCCAACGCCCCCUUGCCCAAGGAUUUGGACUCCCCUUAUUCCCCACCCAACAAACCGCGGUUGCUGGUGGGACUGGCCCAAGCACAGUUGCCGCUGCCCAUCCCCACCACUCUUUCCCAAAAUACCCCGCCGUGGAUGGGAUCGAAGCUGCCUCCGAAAAAGCACUCGCCGCUUAACGGUGGCCAAACGUCGCUGAAGCUGACCCCCACCGCCACCGCCGCCCACCAUACAAAUAAGUUAUUGCAAGGAGCUCAGGCUCAUCACCAUCAGCGUCACAACUCGUUUCUGGCAGCUCUGGGAACGCUGUAUGCUGGUGUCUUCGACCCUGAAGGUCUCAACGACAAAAACUUCUUGUUUCUGGGGUUGGAAUUGGACAUGGAAACUUUCGGCUGGCAUACUGACCAAAAGCUCAACGAGUCCGCUCCGUUGAAAAAUUUGAGUCAAAUGUUCAUCGAUAAUGCCACCAGUGCCAUGCUGUUCUCCGAUACUCUGCACCCCCAUCAUUUACCGGGGCUGACGCCGCCCGUGCAACAAUAUCAAGGAUCCCCUCCCGCAUUAAACCAUCAUCAAGGCACCACCCGCCCUCGACAACAGCUGAUUUCUAUCGCUGAGCUCGACCUGCUUGCGCCGCCGGCCAAGAAAUUGAAGGUGGACUCAUUGGAAGAUCCCGACGACGAAUGGCUACGGGAGCUCAUCAGCGUCGAUGCCGAACAUAUGAAUCAAGAGCAAGACCUUUUGGAAGCGACCACCACCACCCUGCUGCCGCUUUCAUCGUUGUUCCGCACCCGUCAACACGACUUAAGGGCUCAGGCUCCCUCGGAUGUCGCCCCUUACCAGUUUAUCACUGUGGAAUUGCGUAACCGCAUUUUAUUGAGUAUCUCUCGCAGUGACUCGCAAUUCCCCUCCGUCGACGAGUUGAACCACUACAUGAACUUGUACGAGAUGGAAUUCAACCGUUACUUCCCCUUCAUCCAUUUGCCGCUGCUCAAAAAUCCCCGCGUCGAUAACGUCGAGAACAUUCCUUUGUUACUUGCUAUGUGUCUGAUCGGGGCGCUCUAUCUGUUUGCCGAGACCCACACGUCGCUUUUGUUCAAUUUGUCGAAGUUCCAUAUUCAACGGUUCUUUGAACUGGAAAUCAUGGGCGACAACCAGUUGAAGUUUAACAAAGUACCGCUUAUGGCGCACCAAUGUCUUGUACUCCACGUGUUUAUCUCACUUUUCCUUAAUGAAGCGAACAUGGUCGACAUCACCAGUCGCCAAAUCAAGCUGAUGAUUGGUCUCAUCAGACUGACGCGAUUCAACGAACCCCUUGAGAAGUUCCUCAUCCCGCCGCUGAUGGCGGGUGUGUCGCCAGCACAAUACUUGCAAAACAAAUUCGACUAUUUCAUCAUGGCUCAGCUGCGCAUCCGUACUCUCCACGUGUUCUACAUGAUCCAGACGUUGCGAGCAGCCAUCACUGGGAAGCCGGUUUUGCUCACCCACUCGAUGUUGGCUCUGGGUACUCACUGCUGUCCUGAAGCCCUCUGGCAGUGUCAAACCGCCAACCAAUUGACGCAAAUGGAUGGAGAAUUUGGCAUGGCGUCGAUCGUCGAUAUGGCUAAUGGCCGACUGAUGCAUGACUUGGUGAAACUGUUGCGGGCAACGCAAACGACCCCGCAGUUGCUGUUGAACAACUACUUGGCGUUGCUCGUGUACAUCAAUGAGCAGUUACAGAAAGAGGUGGAUGACCUUCACAAACAAAAUCCUAAUGGGUUCAAUUACUUCAGUUGGAAGUUAACCCACAAGCCCCAUUUGAUGGCCCUUGUCAAGCAAUGGGAGCAAAGGUUUGCCACCUCCGGUUUACCGUUGAUGAUUGAUGGUAACAACAAACACUUACUUUCCAACCAUCACGAGCUCAAACUCAUUUUGCCGUUACACCUGUAUCUCCAAAUCAGGCUCGAGAUCAACAUCAAUGAAAUCAUGCUGUGCAUUCUUCACAAACAGUGGGACAAAAUGAAUCGUAAAAUCGAUACUCUUAUUGGGAUGGAAAGUCGCCAGGAUAAUUGCAGAAACGCCGUGCCAUUCGCUCUCAACAUCGUGUUGUUGUGGGUACACAACAUUGAGCUCAUUAACUACGAUAUCAAACAAACUGCAUUGCGCACACCCGUGUUUUUUGUCGUUUGCCUUCUGGUGGCGAUGCUUGUGAUUUCCACUUAUCUUGAGUACUUGGAACUGCUUGAAGUUAUGAGCGAUAACGACUUACUCAACUGGUUUGAAAUGGAGCUGGUAUUGCUUAGAGUGGAUAAAAUUUUGACACCGAUCUUCAAGCUGUUGUACUCCGAGCAAUUGCUCAACUCGGGAGUGUUCAACCUGAUUUCGGGAGACCAUCGCGUGCGCAAAAUAUCUAAUCUUAUUAGCCGCAAGGAAGUUGCGGAUGAAGUGUUGGCACAAAAGUUGAAUCUGGAAAUUUGUGCCGAAGUGAAGCUGGUAGAGUUAUCCAUUAAACUGUUAUACUUGGGUAUUCGCAUCUUAGCCGACGCACCGGUGUGGCCGAUUGCUCUUGGCUUUGGCGAAGCCAUGAAGAAGCGUGCUAGGCAUCGAGCACGCGCUAAGACUGAUGAUUAA